UGCUGUUUCCGGCUUAUAACACUUUAUAUCAGCUCAUCUUUGAACUCCAAAGUUAUAAACUGGAAAGGCACAGCAAGACAAACAACACGGAGCGUUAGCUGUUUUAAAAAAAAAAAGCCUUAACACUGUUCUACUUGGUCAUAAUGGAGCCAGUGGUGAGCAGUCCGGUCAUUCUCUCUGUUUACAUAAUUUCCUUCGUCAUAGGCCUGCCAGCCAACCUCCUGGCUCUCUAUGCCUUCAGUGUUAAGAUCCAUUCCAGGCCAGGUCCAACAGACAUCCUGCUUCUCAAUCUGACUGUCUCUGACCUGCUCUUUUUGAUCAUCCUUCCUCUCAAGAUGCACGAGGCAGCGUCAGACAUGAAAUGGUAUUUGCCCAGAUUCCUGUGCUCCAUCACCUCCUUCACCUUUUUCUCCACAAUCUACACCAGCUCCUUGCUGCUGACAGCGGUCAGUGUGGUUCGCUACAUUGGAGUAGCUUUCCCUAUCACCUACCAUCAGCUGCUCAAACCUGUGUACGCGAUAGUUACCAGUGCUGUUAUUUGGCUAAUUUCAGUAGCACACUGCAGCAUUACUUUCAUUGCCCAGCACCACCCAGCCCUGUACAACAGCAACUCCAGUGUCUGCUAUGAGAAUUUUACUCCGAAGCAGUUGCAGAUUCUCCUCCCAGUACGUUUGGAGUUUUUCUUUGUGCUCUGCCUCAUUCCUCUUCUAAUUUGUGUUUGCUGCUACCUGCGCUGCAUCCAGAUUCUGUACAACCGCCCCAGGAUAUCCCGGAUGCAGAAGCAGAAGGCCAUCGGCAUGGCCUUGGGGACUCUAGCUGUGUUUCUUGUUUGUGUGUUGCCAUAUAACUUCACUCAUGUACUGGGUUACUUCCAGGGUAAGAGCCCACAAUGGAGAUACUACACUUUGCUGCUUAGCACCUUCAACACCUGUAUUGAUCCCGUCAUCUUUUUCUUUUCCUCCUCCACUUUCCGCUGCACAAGUACAAGGUCAGUUUUCAGGAGGAAUGUACGGACUGUUUCAGAAUUACAAAUGCAAGCCCCAAGCUCUGUGUAAAACGCACUUUCAAUACAAUAUGUACAUAUCCAGCUUCAAUGUUAUUGUUGUACCGUAUAUUAUGGACAUUAUAUCAGAAUGUGUAAUGCUGCACAGAUUGCUUUAACAGUUCAGUUAAUUUAUAAAACUCACAUCUAGGUUUCGCUGGUUACUGGGAAACAAAAUAUUUUGUUGUUAAGGGUGACCGAAUCCUGCUCAAAGGGACAAACAAUUGUAAAUUAUUUUAUAUACACAUUUGAUUACAAAACAACAACACGAUUGGUGCAUAUGCAAAAUU